AUGGCUACAGCUAGUCUGGAUAAAGAGUUAAGCUGCUCUAUUUGUCUGAGCAUUUACACAAAUCCUGUAACGCUUACUUGUGGGCAUAACUUCUGCCAGGAGUGUAUUUCUAGCUUGUUUAACCGCCAGCAAGAAGCAGGAAUUUAUAUUUGUCCAGAAUGCAGAUCAGAGUUCAGGAAUCGUCCAUGCCUGCAGAAAAAUCUGAAGCUGCAAAAUACAAUUGAACAUUAUCAAUCCUGUCUGCCAAAAGUUAUGAGUGCAGAAGUGUUGUGUACCUAUUGCGUCAUGUCUCCUGUACCUGCUGUAAAAACAUGUCUACGCUGUGAAGCUUCUUUAUGUGAGCUCCAUUUGAGGAACCACAGCAAGUCAGCAAACCAUAUUUUAACUGAACCCACUGCUAAUGUAGAGGACAGAAAAUGCUCCAUUCACAAUGAUGUGGUAAAGUAUUUUUGCUUUCAGGAUUCAUCCAUUUUAUGUAUGAAAUGCAGAGAGGGAUCGGAGCACAGGGGACAUCAUGUGGAAUUGCUAAGCAAUGCAUUUGACAAGAAGAAUGCACAGUGCCAUGAUUUGUUGAGGAAACUGAAAUUAAAGAAAGCGCAGACCGAUAAACAACUUAAGGAACUACAGGUACAUAAAACUGAAGGGCAAGCAAAGGCAAAUGACUUCAAAGGUAACGUUACAGCCUUUUUUGGGGACCUGCGGAAGGUGCUGCAAGCCCGGGAACAAGACAUAUUAAGAGAUAUCACCAGACAAGAAGAGCAGGUUUUAUUCCCUCUAUCGGAUCUGAUCCGUAAACUGGAAUUAGAAACAAAUGACCUGCAAAUGAAGAUACUUCAAGCUGAAGGGCUGUGUUCUAUUACAGACCCAGUAACUUUUCUAAAACAAAUUUGCAUUGCUACUGAUAUUGAAAAUGUAUGUGAUGCACAACUGGAAACCGCUCAUGACAAUAAUCUGGAUGAGGUCAUCAUUGAGGUCUCUUUGCAGAAUGCACUGCACAAGCUAUGUGCCAUUCUUCCAAAACUGAAGGUAAAGAGGGGAUUUAUUAUAAAGGAUGCCUCAGAUAUGACACUGAAUGUAAACACAGCAAACAUUAAUAUUGAAUUAUCACAUGACUUGAAAUAUGCCUCUCACACUGAUAUAGAAAACUACCGGCCCCAUCAUUCAGAGAGGUUUACAACAACACAAGUUUUAACCACUGAUAGAUUUACAACAGGUAAACAUUACUGGGAAGUGCAAACUAGUAGUGAAGGGGACUGGAGUGUAGGAGUGACUUAUAACACAGUAAAGAGAAAAGGAGAUUUAUCAUUCAUCGGAAGAAACUGGAAGUCCUGGUGCUUAAGUUGGACUGAAGGUGAACUUACAGCAGAACACAACAACAAUGAGGAAGAUAUCGAUUCAUAUUCUGGAUCAAAUCUUAGAGUUUACCUGGAUUAUGAGGGUGGGCGUCUGUCUUUUUAUGAAUUGUCUGAACCAAUGAGACACUUACACACGUUCACUGCUGAAUUCACAGAGCCACUGUACGCUGCCUUCUAUUUAGAUAAUGGUGCCUGGAUUACAAUUGGAGAUUAAACUUUCAUGGUUAGAUAGAGCAUGCAAUUUUAAAGACUUUCCAGUUUACUUAGUUCUUUUUUUCUACUUUGUUGAAAAGCAUACCUAGGUAGGAUGAAGAGCAUCAAGGUACUACUGAGAAGUAGGUGCUGAUUAGUGGCUGCACAUAUUUGCUUCUCGUCAUUGGCUCACCAGAUGUGUUCAGCUAGCUCCUAGAAGUACACUACUGUUUCUAUAACAAAGGAUACCAAGAGAAUGAAGCAAAUUAAAAAAACAAAGUACUGUAAAUUAGAAAAUUGUUUAAAAUUGUAUUCUCUAUCUAAAUAUUGAAAGAAAAAUGCUGGGUUUCUUGUCCCUUUAAGUAUUCUAAGGAAUUUCUACUAUGCUUUGGAAAAUUAUAACCAGAAUUAUAAAAAGUAGCCAUAUUAUUAUCCUUUUGAUACUAGAAAAAAACAUACUCUAUAUUUAGAGAGAAUUUUGUCAGUUGUUUUGCAAGAAAACAAACUAAAAAAAAAUUCUGUCUGUCAUUAGCUCCUGUUUUAUUCACCAAGCACCACUUCAACUUUUAUAAGCUUUAACAAAACAUCUAUUAGGGUUUCAUGACAACAUAAAACGUUACAGACAUCUGCUAUGGAUGUCAAUUUGAAGGUUUAAGACAAAGUUAAAGGGACAUUAAACACUGAAUACAUUUACAUUUCAUGCAUCUCCCUCUAUUGAUGGGUGCCAUUAUUUUGUAACCUAGGUUACACUGCAGGUAGGGAGAGUUGCUGCACAUGCACAGGUCAGCACUGGAAUGAAGUAAAAUCCAGAUUUCAAGAUGGCAGCACCCAUGACUAGAGGGAGGGGGGGGGGGAAACUUUAAUAAUACACUUAUACAAUGUAUUUAGUGUAUGUGUGUAGUUAUAAAAUAAUUUUCCUAUUUAUAUAUUGAGGUAGUCUGAAGUGUACAUGUGUUGUGAGCACUAUAUGUAUAUAAAUAAUAGUGCAAAUACUGCUGCCAUAUAGUGCUCUACACAAGUGCAUACUCCGGAGACAUCCUCAGUUUGCACUCUUAGAAAAAAUGACCAAUAUAAAGAUAUCAAUAUACUUUAUAUCUGAACAAUGACAAUUUAAUAAGACUUCCAUGUCCCUUUAAGGCUGGUUAUUUUAUAAAAAUAAAAGUAAUCCCCAAAUUGAUCAUGGUAUCUUUAUAUGAUUAUAGGCUCUUUAUUUUAAUAUUGUCUGCAUAUAUUUCUAAGCUUUUAGUAUCUUGAUUUGUAGGUAUGUUGAUUUUAUAUAAGCCUCCCUUAUUAACCCCUUCCUGUCAAAGAGGGUUGAAACCAAUGAUUAAUAAAGAGUAAUUAUUUUCACCCAAAUAUUAAAUAUGCUAAUGUGAAUAGAAAUUAUUUCUCUGAAUAAAACCUGUAUUGUUUUUUUAAAGGCAUUAAAAUAAAUAAAUACAUUGCUGCUAUAAAAAAA